AUGGACGGCGAUGACCGCUUGACAAUCGCCAUUAUCGGUGCUGGCAUGGCUGGCCUAGGAGCAGCGUUGGCCCUCGCGAGGAUUGGACACACGGUUACUGUCUUUGAAGCCGACAGCGGGCUGAAUGAGACGGGAGGAGGGUUGCAGUUGUCACCCAACUGCACGCGAAUCCUUGAUGACUAUGGCCUAACGGAGGAGCUGUCACCAAACGCAAUGCAUCUUGAUGCGAUCAAAUUUCGCCGAUACUCAAGUGGCGAGAUCAUCGGACAGACGAAUCUGCGGCCACAUAUGAUGGAAAGGUAUGGCUUUCCCUACUGGCUUGUGCGCCGCGCCGACCUGCAGCAGGCCCUCUUCCACGGUGCGAAGAAUGCCGGCGUGCACGUCUGUUUCGGCCAGACUAUAUCGGCCAUCGAAGACGAGGACGAGGACGACAAGCGAGCCCGGCCAAGAGUGCGGUUUGGAAAGGCCGACCACGAGAUCUUCGAGGCAGAUAUCGUCAUUGGAGCCGAUGGCGUCAGGAGCCGGUGCCGAAAAUCAAUGUUUCCGGACUCUGUCCUUGACCCCGUUCCAACAAACUCGUGUGCCUACCGAGCAGUCUUGUCGGCCGAGGCAUCAGUAGACUCAAAUGCCUGGCUGGGACCGUACCGACAGCUCCUGGGGUAUCCAAUUCGAGGCGGGCAGGAUUUCAACAUGGUGGGGGUCCAUCUUGGGCGGGUUGCUGAGCCCAACAAGUCUUCCGAGAUGGUGGAAGACCUCGACGGGAUGCGAAGUGAAUUUAACGAUUUUGAUCCCGUGGUUAGGCAACUGCUUGGCAUGGUCGAAUCGGCGCAGCGAUGGCAAUUGCAAAACUUACCGCCGCUGGAUAAAUGGACGACCCAGUCGGCCCGGUGCCUUCUGAUAGGGGACGCGGCACACGCAAUGGUGCCGUUCCUCGCACAGGGGGCCUCGAGUGCGAUUGAAGACGGGGCAUCACUGGCCGUCCACCUUGCUGCGUGCGUCUCAAGGGACGACAUCCCAGGGGCAAUCAGAGCCUUUGAACAACAUCGUCAGAAGCGAAUCGCCGGUAUCCGGGAAGGGGCCUUAUAUAAUGAGAAGAUACUGCAUUUGCCCGACGGCCAGGAACAAGCAAUGAGGGACAAGACCAUGCAGGUAUUGCCAGGCGUAGCAUGUUCGAACCUGUGGUCUCAUGAAGGGUUCUCACAAUGGCUGUUUAAUUAUAAAGUUUAA